GUCUGGAGCUGCAGGAACUCAUUUAUGGCGUUAGCAUCAUAACAUCAUCGAUGUAGCAGAUCAAUAACACCAACGCAGGGAGCCGUCCUUUCCCCAAACGGAGUGUUUAAGAUGGCAGGCGAGGAGGAGAGGGGGGUGGUCCGUGUCAAAGUCAAGAAAUGUGAUGGGCCACUUCCUGUGGAGUUCCGAUCCUUUGCUGUGGAUCCCCAGAUAACAUCCCUGGAGGUCCUGCAGCACAUCCUGAUCAGAGCCUUUGAUCUGAACGGGAAGCGUAAUUUCAGCAUCAGCUACCUGUCUCGAGAUCGCAGCGGUGUUGAAAUGUAUCUGUCUCUGCUGUCUGACUGGGAUCUGGACAUCGCGUUUGUCAGUGCAGCCAAACCAUUUCUGCAGCUCAAGAUGGACGUGAAGCCCUCGGAGGACAGCCCCGUCAUGGAGGACUGGGACAUCAUCAGCCCCAAAGACGUGAUCGGCUCAGAGCAUCUUAUCACAGAAAGGACCAGGUUUCUGGCAUCCGCAGCACUUCCCUUCACGCAGUCUCUACUGUCCCAGGUGGGCCGGACCCUGUCCAGAGUCCAGCAGGCCUUCACCUGGUCUUACGGGGAGGAGAUUAAGCCUUUCAAGCCGCCUCUGAGUGACACCGAGUUUCACAGCUACCUUAACGGCCAGGGCCAGCUGACCCGGCCUGAGGAGCUCCGACUGCGAAUCUACCACGGCGGUGUGGAGCCUUCACUGCGCAAGGUGGUUUGGCGAUACCUUCUGAAUGUCUACCCCGAUGGACUGAGCGGACAAGAGAGAAUGGACUACAUGAAGAGGAAGACGAGGGAGUACGACCAGCUGAAGAGCGAGUGGGCAGCUCGGGUCAGUCCUGAAGACCUGGAAUUCAUCCGCGGGAACGUUCUCAAGGACGUCCUGAGAACCGACCGAGCUCAUCCCUACUAUGCAGGCUCAGAAGACAGUCCACACCUGACUGCCCUCACAGACCUGCUCACCACGUACGCCAUCACACAUCCUCAGAUAUCGGACUGUCAUGGCAUGAGUGAUUCAAUACUUCAAGACGGAAAAAUCGCUUCACCAAUACUUGCAGUAAUGGACAACGAGGCCCAUGCCUUCAUUUGCUUCUGUGGAAUUAUGAAACGCUUGGAGGGAAACUUCCGGCCGGACGGCCAGCUCAUGUCCGUCAAGUUCCAACAUCUGAAGCUUCUUCUGCAGUAUUCAGAUCCAGAAUUCUACUCUUACCUGGUGUCCAGAGGAGCCGACGACCUCUUCUUCUGCUAUCGCUGGCUUCUGCUGGAGCUCAAGCGUGAGUUUGUGUUUGAUGAUGCUCUGAGGAUGUUGGAGGUCACCUGGAGCUCCCUUCCCCCGGAUCCUCCUGAAACCGAGCUGGAGCUUCUGGGGCCACCGCUGGAGGCCAAUGAAACCAUGUCCAACGGGGACGAAAACAGGCCAGUCGUGAACGGUCCUGAAGAUGAUAAGGAACAGAAAGAGAAGCAGCGUAAGCGGCACAUGCUGAGGCCUUCACGAGAGGAACCAGAACUGAGCGGGAAUCUUGUCACUGAAGAGAAAGAUGGGCCAAAUGUCGGCACGGGGAAGGAAAAUGAGGGUGAAUGUGGAAUUCCUCCAGAGCGCAUAAAUAAAUCGGAUUUACAGGGUCGUCGCUGUGAGAGGCAGUCGAGUUUCGGAGAGUUUAAAUAUUAUACAGCUCGUAAUGAAGACAACUUUGACAUUGAGAAUAAUGAACAGCAGCAAGAUUUAGGGACUUCUGAGCUGGGAACAAACAUCCCAAGCCGCCAGUCUACAGUUGACAGUGAGGACGACCCUGGAGAAAAAACGCCUCUUAUUAAAAACGGAGACAGUGGUUUAUAUCAAGUAUCAUCACCCUCUCUCCUCCCUAGUGGCCUACCAAACUGGAAAGCUGGCUCCUCUGCGUCUUCUUCAGCUUCACGCUCCAGCUGCCCAGAAGCUUCUCCAGACUCCUUCCUGAAAUAUACAUCCCCUCCCACAGCCAACGGAAGUGAGGCCUUAUCAAGAACUGCCCCCAAGGUAUCGGCUUCUUCUGCACAAGCUACGAGCUCCACGGGGAUCAAUUCAGCCACGAUGCCCUCUGUAAAAACCUCCGUCACGUCUCCCUCCCACACUCAGAGCAGAUCCCUGCUCUCUUCCCCCAUUUUGUCCUUUGGAGGAGGCCCCUCGCUGUCUGGCAGCAGGUCCUCAUCCAACAAUCUCCCUUCACCUGGAAGUAAAUCGCCCAACACUACGGCUAACACGCCCAGUUCUCUUAAACCUGAGGCCACCAGCAUUAAGCCGUGUUCCUUGCCGCCUCCUCAAGAGUUUGGCAAAGGAAACCCGUUCAUGCUGUUCCUUUGUCUGUCCAUCCUGCUGGAGCACCGGGACCACAUCAUCAAGAACAGCCUCGACUACAACGAGCUGGCAAUGCACUUUGAUCGCCUGGUGCGACGCCACAACCUGAACAGGGUGCUGCAGAGAGCCAAGGCCUUGUUCGCGGACUACUUGCAGAGUGAAGUGUGGGACUCGGAAGAAGGGGACGAGGUCAGCUCAGACUCCCCAACCACGGCCACGGCUGCCCAGCAAUCCCCUUCUUCAACAAUCUCUGCCAGACCCAUUUACAGCCCUUUCGCCUCGCCCCCAUCGUCUCCAAACUCAACGUAUAACCUUACAACUACCAUUCCCUCCCCAUCGUCUCAACUCUCCCUAUCUCCCGCAUCCUGAUCCUACCGUGCAUCAAUGGAUCCCCGACGUUGAUGAAUUCUUUACUAGACUCCGGGUGGCCUGUUGGAGGUGUAGGUCUUUUUGAGACCACCUCCCACGUUGAACUGGUCUGUUCUUCAUCUUCUCAUCAUAUGUAUGCCUGAUUACGUAUAUUCCUUAUAUCUGUAGUCAUUGUAAUAUUUCAUUUUUCUCCGUUGUCCGUCCUGUACGUGGGUGUCAACUAGCUUUAUUUGCAAUUGUAUUCUCAGAGGUUGCUAACGCAUGAAACUUUAAAUUCUGCGAUCCCAGGCAUUUGACGCUCAGUCGGCGAGGCUGUAUUCUGCAGAAGCCCUCGAAGGUUUAUACUCUUGCUGCAUUGCAUCCGUGUUGCGUUUUUAUCUUGUUUGCGUGCUCAUUUUACUCAUUUAGGACUUAACAAAAAUCAAAUCUUACAGCUGUGUCUUUUUUCUUUUCUCCAUAUAUCCGAAGUGCUAUUGGGUUAAAAUCGAGAUGCGCAGAAAAGGGUUUAAAUCUCUGGAUUUAUACAAAAACCGGACAUAACCACUGCGGUGUCCUUCUGAAGUUUGGCGUCUCGCCACCUCUGUAACAAAUACUUAAAAAGAUGACUUCUUCAAGUACUUCCUCAGUCCCUGAGCCACUGAUGUCUUUGAGUCUUGGAGCUGGUAGCAGUUUAUGUCCUUUCAUAAAGGACGCUCCAGUGUUUCCUGUGCUGAAAACGUUGAAAAAGACAGCAGUGUAGCUUCUUUCUUCAUCAUUUUUAGAGACUAUCCUCAGCUCUCAUCAUGUCUGCCGCUCACAUACUUCCAGGUAAUUUUCGCUCCAUCGUGCUGUCAAAGUCUUGGACUUUUUUUUAAACUAAAAGUCACAGUAUUUUAAUGAGCGAGGAUACUUAUGAGUGUGUUUCUUUGAGGGCCAGUAUCUAUUUUUGGCGAUGGAUGUAUUUCAAAAGGACCACCAGCACAAUGAUCCGAGGGAUUGAUUUUAGCAGAUGACAUCACAAAAACCUGUGGGAAAAUGUUAUUAACUCAGUAUUUCUGAAAAGAAGCCGGUUGCAACUGACUGACAGUUUUUUUUUGGAGCAAGUUAAUAAGUUAAAACCUCAGUUGUACGGCGCAUGAAGGCAUUUUUGAGUGACUAUGUCCAGCUUUUGUAGAGUCUGUGGUCUAAACGGAGCAGCAUUGCAGACCUUUCACUUUUAUGGAUGUUUAUUUAUACGUUUAUGCUUUACGCUUAUGAGCCAAAUUUAAUCAACGUGUGUGUUUUGUUUCUUUUUAAGCCUGUAUUCUUGUUGCCAUGCUCUUGAUAUUUUUACUACUUCUGUCAUUAGCCUUUACAUUUUUACUGUUCUUGUAAAAUAGUGUUGAUUUACAUGUAAUCCUAAGUGCAGUGGGGUUAAAGAGAUGCGGGGAGUUUGGAGGAAACUGGACUUUCAAGAUACUUGAACAUCAGAGAUUCUGGGUUAGUGCAAUGAGUGUGAAUCAUUCAGUUCAAAGGGAGAUGCUAACCUGAGCUUAAUAAUUCGUAUCUAGUUGUGUAUUAUAAUUAUUAUUCUAAUUUUUUUUAAUAUAUCUUUGAAUGUGACUCAGCUGCUAGUACUGAUUUUUAUGAAGACAACUGAGGAGCAGGUGAGGCGUAUUUUUGAGGAGCCUGACAGGUGCUGUCGGAUCUUUAGGGAGUGAUUUAUCAAUACAUUAUGGGAUAAUGGAUUAUUCCAUAUAUGUCAGCAGCUCACACUGAACCCUCUACCAGAUAUGAUGCGUGCGCUGCUCCUCCGAUCCUACCGCUGCAGCUCAGCAUCUCUGUGGUGCUGGUGCUGAAACACGUGAGCGACGUCCUCCCGUCUAACCUGGUCACACUAUGAACAACUGCAAAGAUCACGAUGGUCUGCUCUGGGGAAGCUUUCCGUGCUGGAGUCAGAAACUGAAACUACAACUAUCGUAAAGUCAGUACUGUACUUUGAUGUGUUUGAGUCCAGAAAUGCUUGAUUUGCUGUUUCACAGAUACCUUUUUCUUUUCUUGUGUUUUGCUGAUUUCAUAGAAAAUACUUGUCUAAUUGAACACAAACCUGCAGAUAUUUGGUAACAGCCUUUCUUUCUGCUGAGACGGUAAACGCUAUUGUGGGUUUGUUAACGGAUGUGAUGCUGGGACACGAUGUGAUGCCACCUGAUACACUCAACAUAUUAGCCUUUGAGCAAAGAAGUGCCUCGUUAUUUUGAAUUUCCAGCCUUGCUUUGAUGUUUUGUUUGUCAUCUUGAUAUGUCAGCAUUGUGACAUCGUUCCAGUAUAGGAUGUCCCGAUUUGAGAAAAUGUUGGCUAUGUAUCGCUCCCCUUUUCAAUGCCAUGUGGCAGCGUCGUUUCACCUUUGGUUGGAUAUAUUUGGCCUAGAAUCAGAUCCAAAACGAUGUUUGAUUGUGUGCCAUCUCAAAUGAAAUUGUCAUGCAAAUCUCUCUAAACUUGAAGUAUAGUAUGAUCCCGGACCCACUGCACCAGGGACUCGAUCUCCUCCAGGUGACAUGUGGAGGCAUCCCGAUCCAGUAUCACAGUAGUAUCCUCCAAAUGACGGAAAUGUAGACAAGAUGUCUUAUUUCAACACUAUUGAGACGUGAGGAUUUAUAAUCAAUCUUACUGUAACAUAAAUGAUUUUAUUUUUCAUCAGCAGAAUUGAAAGAGCUUCUCAAUUAUAUAUUUUUUCUCUUCAUAAUAUGUCCUCUUUAUCCUCAGCCUACUUUGGUUUGCACAAUGAUGUGGACUGAGUUGGUGUCCUCUUGGAUCCUAAUCUUUUAAUAUGGUUUAAUGCUUUUAAUACUCACCCGAGUUGUCUUGAAUAACAAUAUUAACACAUUUUCAUUGUAUUUUACUUCUAUUCAUAGCUCUCUGUAGCGCUCGGUGCUCAUUGUGCGUUGAGUCACUUUCCAAAACUAAACAGGAUUCACAGUUUUUUUUUUGUGUGCUUCUGUUUGGUUUUUAUGUGUUUUUAAUUUCAUGUUGCACAAUGUUUCCGCUCUGUAAGACACGAACAGAGAACACGUUCAAACUACCAGUGAAGCUGGUGCAGGAUGCAUGAGACCAGACCUCCAGUGGAUCUGGUGAGAAUCAGAGAAGGUUCGUGUCUCUGAGGAGUUUCCUCCUGAUAAACUGGACUUAUUUACUGAACUUGCUGCUCCAAAAGCACCUGUGAUGAAUAAUCAGUAGCUUAAAAAACUAAGAUGAAUCCAAAAGUUAAAUCAUUAACGUUGUAAUUUGUUAGUUGUGAUCUAUGUUAGUAAAGGUGCAGAUGACUCAAACUUCUUCCCAGCAUCAUUUCAUCGGUGGAGCAGCAGAACAAAGUGGGGAAGCGUCUCGUUAACAUUUUUAUUUGUAUGUCUUCUCAUCACCACCUCAGCAGCUUGCACCACCGUUUUAACGGGUCUGUGGAGCAGGAAGCUUUUCAGGUACAUCCCAAUGAGAUCUGGCCGUAAAAACGGUCUGAGAGCAAAAUCUUAACAAGCUCCAGAUAUUUUCAGUGAGUUUCUGUUACCGUGGAUACGGUCCUGGCCUUGUGUUUCUGCUUCCUUUGGUAUAUCAGUAUUUAACAGCCAAAUUAAACUGAGGUUCUUGGACUAGUGAGAAUCUGAGCAGCGAUGUGUAUUUGGUUAAAAAAACAAUUUGUUUAUGUCAUGAAAUGAUAUAUGUGCACAAAAAGUUAAACUUUUAAAUAAUAAAACACAAUGUUACUGAUUGUAUAUUGAACACGAAUAAAUAUUAAUCAAUGCAACGACUGUGUGAAAGCUGGUUGUUGUGAGUUAUAACAAGGUGACAAAUACUUGUAACUGAACUUUGCUCACAUUUAUCCCAGGGCA